CCUGUCCGUCUGUCCGUCUGUCCAUCCCCCCGUGUCCGUCUGUCCGUCUGUCCCUCUGUCCGUCUGUCCCCCCCUGUCCCGUGUCGGUCUGUCCGUCCCGUCCCGCUCCGAUGGCGCGCGGGGCCCGCGGGGCAGCGACGGCGCCGUGAGAGGGUGUCAGGAUGAGCUCGUGCAGCUCGCGGGCGCUGACGCUGCUGAGCAGCGUUUUCGGGGCCUGUGGGCUGCUCCUGGUGGGAAUCGCCGUCUCCACCGACUAUUGGCUCUACAUGGAGGAGGGCGUCGUGUCCCCCCAGAACCAGAGCACCGAGGUGCGCAUGGCGCUGCACGCCGGCCUCUGGCGCGUCUGCUUCUUCGCAGGGCGGGAGAAGGGGCGCUGCGUCGCCUCCGAAUAUUUCCUGGAGCCGGAGCUGAACUUGGUGACGGAAAACACGGAAAACAUCCUCAAGACGGUGAGGACGGCCACGCCCUUCCCCAUGGUCAGUCUCUUCCUGGUCUUCACCGCCUUCGUCAUCAGCAACGUGGGGCACAUCCGGCCCCAGAGGACCCUCCUGGCCUUCGUCUCGGGCAUCUUCUUCAUCCUCUCGGGGCUGUCUCUGGUGGUGGGGUUGGUUCUCUACAUCUCCAGCAUCAACGACGAGGUGAUGAACCGGCCCGGCGGCUCCGAACAAUAUUUCCAGUAUCGCUACGGGUGGAGCUUCGCCUUCGCCGCCUCCUCCUUCCUGCUCAAGGAGGGCGCAGGUGUGAUGUCGGUGUACCUGUUCACCAAGCGCUACGCCGAGGAGGAGCCGUGUCACACACAGGUGUACCCAGGUGCACACAGGUGUGUCACAGGUGUGUCUCAGGUGUAUUUCUCUCUCUCCGCAGGGCGCAGGUGUGAUGUCGGUGUACCUGUUCACCAAGCGCUACGCCGAGGAGGAGCCGUGUCACACACAGGGCGCAGGUGUGAUGUCGGUGUACCUGUUCACCAAGCGCUACGCCGAGGAGGAGCUGUGCCGGGCACCGCCGCAGCUCCUGCGGCCGCGCCUCAGCACCUGCUCGGGGCUGUCGGCGCAAUACCUGCAGCCGCGGGCGUGGCCCCGCCCCCGCAGCGCCUCCGACGCCUCCAGCGACGUCUCCAUCCAGAUGAGCCAAAAUUACCCCCCGGCGAUAAAGUACCCCCAGAGAUCGGUGCCACACCCUCACCUGUCCACAUCACCCUGCUAGGGCACACCUGGGCACACCUGGGCACACCUGGGUAUGUCUAUGAUACACCUGAGUGUGUCUAUGAUACACCUGAGUGUGUCUAUGGCACAGCCAGAACUACCCCCCGGGGAUAAAGUACCCCCAGAGAGGGGUGCCACACCCUCACCUGUCCACAUCACCCUGCUAGGGCACACCUGGGCACACCUGGGCACACCUGGG